AUGAAGGCACUAGGAAGACCGGUGCUCCGGACGCUGGCUGCAGCUAUAGCCAGGCGUGCGCCGCACGCAACGAAUGCACGCAGCUUUUCUACUGCCAAAAUCUCACCGGCAGAAAUGUCAAAACUACUGCAAAGCAGAAUUGCAGGAUGGGAUAAACAAAAGGAUGUAGUAGAUGUGGGACAUGUCAUUACUGUAGGUGACGGUAUCGCCCGUGUCUACGGUCUAAAAGAUGUCAAAAUGGGAGAACUUGUAGUGUUUUCAAGCGGUGUCUCAGGAAUGGCACUCAACUUAGAAACCGACAACGUUGGUGUUGUCAUUUUCGGUGAUGACAGAUCUAUCCUAGAAGGUGACAAUGUCAGCAGGACCAACCGUAUCAUCGAUGUACCAGUAGGACCCGAACUUUUAGGACGUGUCCUUGACGCACUAGGAAACCCAAUCGAUGGAAAAGGACCAAUCGAAGCAAAAGAAAGAAAUAGGGUAGAAGUACCAGCACCAGGUAUCAUAGACAGACGCAGUGUAAACGAACCCAUGACAACAGGCAUCAAAUGUGUAGACUCACUAGUACCAAUAGGCAGAGGACAACGUGAACUCAUUAUCGGUGAUAGGCAAACUGGAAAAACAGCAUUAGCUGUUGAUACCAUUAUCAACCAGAAACAACUCAAUGAUGCUAAAGAAGAAAAGGACCGAGUAUAUUGUGUAUACGUAGCCAUCGGACAAAAGAGGUCGACAGUCGCAAGAAUUAUGAAGACACUAGAAGAUAAAGAUGCACUCAAGUACACCACUAUCGUAGCUGCUACAGCUUCAGACUCUGCUCCACUCCAGUUCCUAGCACCAUUCGCAGGAUGUGCCAUGGGAGAAUGGUUCAGGAACUCGGGACGACAUGCUGUCAUUAUAUACGACGAUCUCUCGAAACAAGCCACGGCUUACAGACAAAUGUCACUGUUGCUAAGGAGACCACCAGGAAGAGAAGCUUACCCUGGUGACAUUUUCUACCUUCACAGUCGACUGCUAGAAAGAGCAGCCAAACUGUCAGACAAAAAUGGUGGAGGAAGCCUUACAGCAUUACCAAUUAUCGAAACACAGGCAGGAGAUGUGUCCGCCUAUAUCCCGACAAAUGUUAUCUCGAUCACAGAUGGACAAAUAUUCCUUGAAAGCGAACUUUUCUACAAAGGUAUUAGACCAGCAAUCAAUGUAGGUCUAUCUGUGUCGCGUGUCGGUUCAGCCGCACAAAUUAAGGCCAUGAAACAAGUAUCGGGUACCAUGAAACUAGACCUCGCACAGUUUAGGGAAGUUGCAGCUUUCGCACAAUUCGGUUCUGAUCUUGAUGCCGCUACACAAAAACUAUUAACAAGGGGAACGCUACUUACAGAACUUCUGAAACAACCACAAUAUGCACCCAUGAAAACAGCUAUACAGGUCUGUGUUAUCUACGGUGGUGUCAAGGGACUACUCGACACCAUCGACCCCAAGGAUGUCUCCAAAUUCGAGGCGUUGUUCAUAGAACACCUUACAUCAACACAACAAGAUCUGCUCAAGAAAAUAGAUGUAGAAGGACAAUUGUCACCAGAAACCGAAGCGCAAUUGAGACAAACUGUAGAAAACUUUGUCGCCACUGCUGACGUAAGGAAGAUUUGA